UGCGUAUUGUUUGAAAUAACUACGCAAUUUUCGAAAUGAAAUUUUGAUAAUAAAUUCGUAACCACUUACCAUUCAUGAUACUUGAUAUCUCUUUAAAAAUGUUAAGAAGAGUAUCGAAAGCGACUUACACAAUAAAUAACCUACAAAAUAAAGUAAAAUUGCCUGAUAGGUUUAAAGGCACGAUAAUUGAAACAUGGGCAAAAUAUUGGAAAAACUUGUUCAUUGACUAUCGACAAAUGUUGCAAGAUUUACGCACAGAUAUCCAAGAUGACCCUAGAAAGGCACUGAAAUGGACCACUAUUAUAAUUACUGUAGCGGCGUUGACCAAAAACACUCCAAACGAGUUCGAUUUCCGAGAUGACAUGAAAAAAAUCACCAAUGAAGUGAUCCUAGUGAGCGAAGAUUGUAGAAACCCAAAAUCUAUUGAACAUUUAAGGUUAUUGCAACAAUGUUAUAAUGAAGGUAACAUCCACUACAGAAAUUUGGGAAUUAUAGCGUUCAUGUAUACUUCAGAUUUAAACGCGUCAUGUGAUUUGUAUAAAGGCCAGUGCUCAUAUUUACAACCCACAUACUUAAAUAGUUUAUCCAGGAUUGUGGAUGUGGGUUUUAUGGGGCGCUGGUGGAACAUCUACAUUAAAACUACAAACUAUGAUGUUAACCCAGAAACAAAAUAACAUUAGCAGAGUGACUCUCUCUUUAUAGUUCAGUGUUUUGGUUGUUUAUCUUAGUUUUUAAUAAAUGAAAAGACUUUUAGUUGCAAAAAAUUAUUAUUUUCCUUCAUACUAGUGUGUUAAAACAAUAAAUGUAUAAAUCUAUGAGCUUUUUACAUUUCUCAUGCAAGAGAACUCUGUGUUUAUUUUCUAAAA